UCCCGUAGACACCACUGGGCUCCGGCGCGUCCGCCUCGACGUGAUUGGUUGGUGAGCGUAUCAUUGCGGGGCUCCGUGACCGCCAUUGCUGACUCCUCUCCAGUGGCUUCACGCGGACCCAACGGGCUCAGGUUGAGCGCGGGACGCGGAGGACGUUGGGCGUGCGUCGCGACCGCUCGCGCGGGGGUUUCCAGCUCCGGCUAUGGCGGCGGCGGUUGCGGAGGUCGCAAGCAUGGCUGCGGUUCCCGUGUCGGGCGCCCACAGCCCCAGCAAGCCGCCCGUCGGCGAAGGCGAGGGAGCGGCGGGCGAGGAGAAGGACGCUGGGAAGAAAGGAGCGGAGGCCGUGGGGGACAGCGAGGAGGACGGGGAGGAUGUGUUCGAGGUGGAGAGAAUCCUGGACAUGAAGACCGAGGGGGGUAAAAUCCUUUACAAAGUUCGGUGGAAAGGAUACACCUCAGAUGAUGAUACCUGGGAGCCUGAGGUUCAUCUUGAAGAUUGUAAAGAAGUUCUUCUUGAAUUUAGGAAGAAAGUUGUGGAUAACAAAGCUAAAGCAGUCAAGAAAGAUAUUCAGAGACUAUCUUUAAAUAAUGACAUAUUUGAGGCAAACUCUGAUAGCGAUCAGCAAAGUGAGACAAAAGAAGAUACUUCUCCAAAAAAGAAAAAGAAAAAAUUAAAGCAGAGAGAAGAGAAAAGUCCAGAUGAUCUGAAGAAGAAAAAAGCAAAGCCUGGGAAACUAAAAGAGAAAUCCAAACCAGACUUGGAGAACUCUGAAAUUUCAUUUUUUGAUUUAAGGACAAAGAAAAGAAUUUCAGAAGCCAAAGAAGAAUUAAAGGAAUCCAAAAAGCCCAAAAAAGAUGAUAUAAAAGAAACUAAGGAACUAAAGAAAGUUAAAAAGGGUGAAAUAAGAGAUUUAAAGACUAAAAUAAAAGAAGAUUCCAAAGAAAACAGAAAAACAAGAAAAGAGAAAUGUGUUGAAUCUCAGUUGGACUCUGAAUCAGAUCUACUUAAUGAUCUCCCCUUUCAGGAGGGGGACAGUGAAGAUUUACAGUCUGACAACAGAGAAGAGAAACUAAAGAUUAAAAGUGGAAAAGACAAAGCAGGGAUAGAUGCAGCUCAAGAUGCUGUUCUAGAUAAACACCUGGACAGCCCCGGAAGUGCUGAUGAAGAUGCUGAUGUCAGAGGAAGGAGAAACAAAAAGAAACCCAGAAAGGCUGAGGAACUUAAAGAGAGCAAAAAGCUAGAAAACAAGAACCUUUCUUUAGAGAAGAAAAAUGCACAUAAAAAGCAGAGGAAUCAAGACAAAAGCAGAAGUACUACUGAGUCAGAUAAUCUGACAUCUUCACUGGCCCAGACACAAAAGAGCUCAAGGGUGGGUGGGGAGGAGAGGGGCCUCCGGUCCACUGACUCUGCUGGAGAAGAGAAAGAGACCAAAAAAAACGAAUCCAAAGAAAAAUAUCAAAAAAGGCAUGAUUUGGACAAGGAAGAAAAAGGCCGAAAAGAGCCAAAGGGAUUAAACACAUUUAAGGAAAUCAGAAAUGCAUUUGAUUUAUUUAAAUUAACUCCAGAAGGAAAAAAUGAUUUUCCUGAGAAUAAUCAGAAAAGAGAAGAAACACCACUGGAUUAUAAUUUUGCAGAAGAUCAUAAAACCAAGGAAAACAAUCAGGUACUUAAAGAAAGGAGAAAUACAAGAGAUGAGACUGACACAUGGGCAUGUAUAGCUGCAGAAGGUGAUCAGGAUGUUCUAGAUGGUAUAUGCCCAACCGACGAGAAUUCUGAUGGCAGACAGCAGAUUUUGAGUCUGGGCAUGGACCUGCAGCUGGAAUGGAUGAAACUAGAAGAUUUUCAAAAGCAUCUUGAUGGGGAAGAUGAGAACUUUUCUGUAACAGAUGCCAUUCCAAGUAAUUUAUUGAGAGAUGCUGUGAAAAAUGGGGAUUAUAUUACUGUGAAGGUUGCACUUAAUUCAAAUGAAGAAUAUAACCUGGACCAAGAGGAUUCAAGUGGGAUGACACUAGUGAUGCUUGCUGCAGCUGGAGGUCAGGACGAUCUACUGAGGCUUCUCAUCAGAAAGGGAGCCAAAGUGAAUGGCAGACAGAAGAAUGGGACCACCGCACUCAUUCAUGCAGCUGAAAAGAACUUUUUAACUACAGUGGCUAUUCUUUUGGAAGCAGGAGCUUUUGUAAAUGUCCAGCAGAGCAGUGGUGAGACUGCUUUAAUGAAGGCCUGUAAAAGAGGAAAUUUGGAUAUUGUACGACUUGUAAUUGAAUGUGGAGCUGACUGCAAUAUUUUGUCAAAGCACCAAACUAGCGCAAUGUAUUUUGCAAAGCAGUGUAACAAUGUGUUGGUGUACGACUUGCUGAAGAAUCAUUUAGACACACUUUCAAGAGUAGCAGAAGAAACGAUAAAGGAUUACUUUGAAGCACGCCUUGCUCUUCUAGAACCAAUUUUUCCAAUAGCAUGUCAUCGUCUCUGUGAGGGGCCAGAUUUUUCAAUGGAUUUCAAUUAUAAACCUCCACAGAACAUAACAGAAGUAUUAAAAAAAAAAAAAAAAGACAACUUAAAAAAAUAACCUCCAUCCUUGCUCAGAGAAAAUGGACUGUUCACCAAGUCAACAGCACCAGGGAAAAUCACUAAAGAAACUAGGAAGGGGGAGAGAUCAACCAAAGGACUUGUAUGCAUGCAUAUAAGCAUAACCAGUGGACACAGACACCAGGGGGGUGAGGGCAUGAGUAGGGGGGUCGGGCAAUGGGGUAAUAAGGACACAUAUGUAAUACCUUAAUCAAUAAAGAAAAAGAACAAAACUAGGAAGGAACGAAUAAACAAUUACAACAGAGACCCACCUGAAAAUAAAUGACUUCAGGAUAUCAUCUCUAAACUUGAUUCAUGCUGGAAGUAGGAUUUCAGGUAGCUUCAUCCAUGUGUUAUUUCAUCCUCCUAGGAUACAAUAAAAUCAGAUUUAGCCUUUUAUAAACCAGUUUCAGUAAUCAUUUAAAACAGCGGUCGCCAACUUUCGGCCUCACGGACCAUCAGUGGUCCAUGGACACCAGUUAGUGACCACUGAUUUAAAAGACAGAAAUGUUACCUCAUUCCUUAGAGGUCUUAAGAGUCAUGUUUUCAUUAGGAUGCUAUUUAAAGUCUAUACCACAUUUGAUUAUUUCCAUUCAGUACAAUGUUUCUUUAAUUCAUUUCUUCAAAGAUCAACUAACUUAAAAUUCAGUUCACUUUUAUGUUUUGGCAUUAAAAAAUAUUAAAUUCUAAACACUAAAUUUUCAAGUCUGCUAAUGAUUGUAAAAUAUUGACUAUUUCGCUAAAUCCUUUUUUUAUUUUAUUUCCAUAGAUAAGUUCUCUUGAAGGCGUAUUGUCCAAAAUCCUACACAGAAUCCUGAUUCCUACUCUAUUUACAAAAUUUUAUUCUUGUAGCGAGGGAGGGCACAUAAAUGUCUGCUGCAAUCCAUCAGAAAGACUCUUACUUACACUACUAAAAAACCUUGGAACAAUGUUCUCCUACAAGAGUGUGGGCCCCAGAUUUUUCAUUGGGGCAGUUUUAUGUUUCAUAUCCUUAGAAAAUAUGUGUCUUAUAAGGUACCUGACAGUACAGUAGUCCACAACUCUAAUCUCUAGUAUUUAGCCAAAUUCUAGUUGCCAAUAUUUAGGCUUUAAAAAGGAGACUUAUCUUACUAUUUGAACACAAUGUUCAAAGCCAGUCAAGUUCUGUGGCCAAUUUUCCUGUACACUGCAAUAUAAUCAACACUAAUGAAACAUCAUGUGGCGUUCCUUUACAUGUGCAUCUUUUUUAGUGAUACUGGUAAUUUGGAUUUUGAAAUCUGUGAGAAUGCAUACACAAAGAUAAAGGCACUUUAAGGAAUAGCUGUUCAUCAAAAAUGGUACUGUCAAAUAUGGGAAAAAAAGCAUUAAAAGAAAAAGUCUCCUUUAAUUAAAAUCUUAAAGCUUAA